AUGAAUAUGGACUAAUAGCCUUAAUCCAGAAACGGUACAUUGCAGCACUCGGGUCUUCUCCGGUUAGUUCGUAGCUGCGUCACUACAGAUUAAACCCUUUGUCCUUUUCUGUCGUUGGCAAAUUGUUAAUUCAACCAAAAUGAGGGAAAUCGUGCACUUACAGGCAGGCCAGUGUGGAAAUCAAAUUGGAGCUAAGUUUUGGGAAGUGAUUAGCGACGAACAUGGCAUCGACCCAACCGGGUCAUACGUGGGGGACAGCGACCUGCAGCUUGAUCGCAUCAACGUGUAUUACAACGAAGCAUCAGGUGGAAAGUAUGUCCCCCGGGCGGUGCUGGUGGACCUGGAGCCUGGCACGAUGGACUCAGUGAGGUCCGGUCCCUUUGGCCAGAUCUUCAGACCAGACAACUUUGUCUUUGGCCAGAGCGGAGCAGGUAAUAACUGGGCUAAAGGUCACUACACUGAGGGAGCUGAGCUGGUGGACUCGGUCCUGGAUGUGGUGCGGAAGGAAGCAGAGAGCUGUGACUGCCUGCAGGGCUUCCAGCUCACACACUCCCUGGGUGGAGGCACUGGCUCAGGCAUGGGCACGCUCCUUAUCAGCAAAAUCCGAGAGGAGUAUCCAGACCGCAUCAUGAACACUUUCAGCGUGGUGCCUUCCCCUAAGGUGUCAGACACAGUGGUGGAGCCAUACAAUGCCACCCUCUCCGUCCACCAGCUGGUGGAGAACACAGAUGAGACCUUCUGCAUUGAUAAUGAGGCGCUGUAUGACAUCUGCUUCCGCACGCUGAAGCUCACCACGCCCACCUACGGAGACCUCAACCACCUCGUCUCAGCCACCAUGAGCGGGGUGACCACCUGUCUGCGCUUCCCCGGCCAGCUCAAUGCUGAUCUGAGGAAACUGGCCGUCAACAUGGUGCCCUUCCCCAGGCUGCACUUCUUCAUGCCCGGCUUCGCCCCGCUGACCAGCCGAGGCAGCCAGCAGUACAGAGCGUUGACAGUCCCUGAGCUCACCCAGCAGAUGUUUGACUCCAAGAACAUGAUGGCGGCCUGCGACCCACGCCACGGCCGCUACCUCACAGUUGCCGCCAUCUUCAGAGGCCGCAUGUCCAUGAAGGAGGUGGACGAACAGAUGCUGAACGUGCAGAACAAGAACAGCAGCUACUUCGUCGAGUGGAUCCCAAACAACGUGAAGACUGCCGUCUGCGACAUCCCUCCCCGUGGCCUCAAGAUGGCUGCCACCUUUAUCGGGAACAGCACGGCCAUUCAGGAGCUGUUCAAGCGCAUCUCAGAGCAGUUCACCGCCAUGUUCCGCCGCAAGGCCUUCCUCCACUGGUACACUGGUGAGGGCAUGGAUGAGAUGGAGUUCACAGAGGCUGAGAGCAACAUGAACGACCUGGUGUCCGAGUACCAGCAGUACCAGGACGCCACUGCCGAGGAGGAGGGCGAGUUUGAGGACGAAGGCGAAGAGGACCUGGCUUAGACGCCCACCCCAAAGUUUACUCCCCCUAUGCAACAGUUAGUUAGGGGCUGACGAUUGGCUUUUAAUAAAUGAAACUACAGUUAUAAAGAAUAGUUCGCACAGUAGUCACUCUGAAUGUCGCACAACGAUAACAGUUCUCGUCCAGCCUUGUUUUUUAAUGUCUGUUUUGUUCUCAAACGUUCUGUUCUUCCUUCCUGCUCUGGAUAUCAAUGUUUUUAUCUUGUCUUGUGUCUUCUGUUUAUUCUUUUUUUUUUAAAGACGUAAGGUUUGUUUGUUAUGAGAGAACGUAACGUUGACCAGUUCAAAGCACUCAUCGCUCAACUUGAAAUGUUUGAAAUGGAGCUUAAUUGUUUUGAAAGAACUGGUCACUGUUAUGAUAUUCCUGGUGUACUAGGAUUCUGUUACAUUAAAUGUUGAGAUGGAUUUUAAUAAAACAUUUAUGAUUUGGUGCUA